UUCCCCACCUUCUUUUUCUCUGUAGCCAGCAGCUGGUGGUGUGCCAUCUCCUGAACAGAAGCAGGCUGUAAGUGCACAGCUUGAAAAGAUCCACACACUCUUUCGGCGCCAGCUGGGAAUCCCCCUGAUGGAUAUGGAAACAACUUUUGCUGAAUACGAAGAGUGGUCCGAGGAGCCAGUCCCAGAAGCAGUGAUAAAAAACUACAGGAAAGCGUUGCAGCAGAUGGAGAAAUAUAAACCCUAUGAAGAGGCCCUGCUGGUAGCUGAGACUCCCAAGUUGGCAGAAUACCAAGGCUACAUUGACUUUGAAACCAAGGCCGGGGAUCCAGCUCGUAUUCAGCUGACAUACGAACGUGCCCUGGCUGACAAUUGCCUUGUGCCAGACCUGUGGGCUCGCUACACUCAGUACCUGGACAGGCAGUUAAAAUUGAAAGAAUUGGUGCUCUCUGCACACGAGCGAGCCAUCAGGAAUUGCCCUUGGACUGUCAAACUGUGGAACCAAUAUCUGCUGGCCAUGGAGAGGCACCAAGUUGAGCAUCAGCUUAUUUCUGAAACCUUUGAGAAAGCCCUGAAUGCUGGCUUUAUUCAGGCUACGGACUAUGUGGAAAUCUGGCAGGCGUACUUGGAUUACCUGAGGAGACGGGUGGAUUUUACUCAAGACUCAAGCAAAGAACUGGAAGAACUUCGAUCUGCCUUUGCCCAGGCAGUCGAGUACCUAAAACAAGAAGUGGAAGAGCGGUUUAGUGAGAGCGGGGACCCUUCCUGCAUCAUCAUGCAGACCUGGGCAAGGAUUGAGGCUCGCCUGUGUAACAACAUGCAGAAGGCACGAGAACUCUGGGACAGCAUCAUGACAAAGGGGAAUGCCAAGUAUGCCAACAUGUGGCUGGAGUACUACAACUUGGAGCGGGCACAUGGCGAUACCCAGCACUGUCGAAAGGCCUUGCACCGGGCUGUGCAGUGCACUAGCGACUACCCAGAGCAUGUCUGUGAGGUGCUGCUCAUGCUGGAAAGAAUAGACGGCACUUUAGAAGAUUGGGAUGCAGCUGUGCAGAAAACAGAAAGCCGCCUUGCUCGAGUCAAUGAGCAAAGAGUCAAGGCUGCUGAGAAGGAGGCUGCUGUCACUGAGCAGCGGAAGCAAUCUCGAGCUGAGAAGCGAGCAGCCAAAAAGGGCAAGAAACCCAAGGCAGGAGACAAGCGCAAAGCAGACGCCGAUGGUGAAUGGGGGCAAGAGGAGGAAGCUGACCAGCCAAUCAAGAGGCGCAAGGGAGAUGGCAGUGGUGAUACACUGGCAGAGGAAGAGGAGGAGGAGGAAGAGGAGGAGGCUGAAGACAUGGAGACAGAAACUGGGCUCUUUGGAAGAAACAUGCCCCCAAAAGCAGAUUCGAAAGCAAAGGAAUCAGCAGCAGGAGCAGCCCCUUCCAAGUGGAAAGAGACGCCCAAAGUCAUCCAUGACAGCGAGAAGGACAAUGUCACAGUCUUUGUCAGCAACCUUUCCUAUAGCAUGACAGAGCCUGGGGCGACGCUGAAGGAGCUCUUCAGCACCUGUGGGGAGGUGGUUGAAGUCCGCCCCAUCUUUAACAACAAAGGGAAUUUCCGGGGCUACAGCUAUGUGGAGUUUAAGGAGGAGAAGGCGGCCCUGGAGGCCCUCAAGCUUGAUCGCCGAAACGUCGAUGGGAGGCUGAUGUUUGUUUCUCCAUGUGUUGAUAAGACCAAGCAUCCAGGUUUCAAGGUCUUCAGGUACAGCACUGCCCUGGAGAAACACAAACUCUUCAUCUCUGGCUUGCCAUUUUCUUAUACGAAGGAGGAACUGGAGGAGCUAUGCAAAGCCCAUGGGAAUGUGAAGGAUGUCCGACUGGUUACAAACCGAGCUGGUAGAUCCAAGGGUAUGGCUUACGUGGAGUUUGAGAAUGAAGCACAGGCCUCUCAAGCAGUGCUGAAAAUGGAUGGCCUGGUGAUCAACGAUUACACCAUUAAGGUGGCCAUCAGCAACCCGCCAGCCCGAAAAUCCGAGAAGGCCGAAGCUGCAGGGAGGGCAUCUCAGCCCAUGGUUCCGCGGCAGAUCUAUGGCGCCCGGGGCAAAGGGAGAACUCAGCUUGCGAUGGUCCCACGGGCUCUGCAGCGUCAGAGCAACUUAGCAGCCAAGGCUGAGAAUGGAACAGCCCAGAAUCCCCCAGCAGCACCAGCCCCAGAGGAGCCCAAGAAGAUGUCCAAUGCUGAUUUUGCCAGGUUGCUUUUAAACAAGUGAAGGGGUCAUGAUGCCCGGUGGGGUGGAGGGAGGGGGGCUGUAGUGCUGCCUUAAAAGCCCCAGCGUGUCCUCAUGGGCCAGCGAAACUGCUGGUGAGCUCCUCAUUGGACUUCCACACUUAUGGAGCUAGACCCAGCAGGGAGAUGUCAGGAUGGAAUGAGUUGCUUUGUUUUGUUUUGCCUCUGAGAAUCCAAGAGGAAAGUUGUUGCAUUUGGGGGGGUUGGGGACCUGGCUAAAAUGGCUUUAAAUGCUCCCUCAUAUUGAGGGAUAAUGUGUUGAGAACUCACUUUUGGGGUUGGGGGCAACACAGCUUUAUGGAGAUUGUUUGUUCUGAAAACCUUGUCAACACAUGAUGUCAAACACAAAGGCUUUUCACUCUUACAUUGGUACAAAUCCCACUGCAGGUAUUUCCAGCUGGAUGCGGGCAGCUUCUCUAACACACUGUACACUUAUAUAUGCAUGAGCCACAUAAUACACAAACCACCAUUGGGAUUUGUGUCACCUCCCCUCUCCUCUUGUAUAAAGUUCUUGUAAACAGCAGAUGCUGUUCACUGUAAUGGCCUAUUUUAGUACUGGGGUGCAAGGGAGUGGUGUCAGCAUUUCUAUUGAACCUAUAUGGACAGUUUGGCUCAAGUUGGUCUUUUUUUUUAAUAUAUCUAUAUUUGUGUAUUUGUAAAUGAUAUGCCAAACUAUUAUUUUUUAAGCUUUGUUUGACACAAUACUAGAGGAAUCACCUAUGAAGGCUUGGAUACAUGAUUUCUGUGGACCAUUUGGCAGUUUUGUUUGCCAAAAACCUGUACCUGUUUAUAUUCUGACCCAGUUUAAUUUCCCUGUAUUGGGAUUUUGUUUUGCUAAAUUCAGAAUUUUCUCUUUCUUUUUGGUUUUGUACAUAGUGUGAAGCGUGAACUUGUUUUUCUUCUGGGUUCAUUAAAGUGCAUUUCUCAAAGUUGUAAAAGUGCAGAAUGCUUUUGGCAGGAGAGACAAUUUGGGUUAGUGGCAAGAAAAGGUCUGUAGCCCAGUAUUGUUUGCCAGUGGGUUUUCUGUUGUGAUGCAGUUUUCCCCCAGACCUAGCUGGAGAUGAUGGGUAGAAAACCUGAGACGCUCUGCAGUAGCUGCUUGCUUUUGUACAAGUGCCCUAGAGCAAAUUAAGCCUGAACACUCACUUGGACUCAGGCUUAUCAUGAGACAGAAAAGGUGAUGAUGCUAUAUAAUGUUGGGGCAAUAGGAAAACAGGGAGACAACUGCCCUGAGUUGGCAAGACCAGAGCAGGGCUGUUGGUGACCCUGCUUGGAGGUUUUUCAUUUGAAGAUUUGCCAUAAGCUGAAGCCAACUUGAUGGCAUAUAAGAAACUCACUGUGGUUCAGCAAAGUGAUUUGUGUCCAUGCCUUCAUUAAAAUACUGCCUCCAACAAACAUCAAAACUCUGCACUCCUGGUCCUUCUGAUGGCCGUAGAACAUGCACUACAGUGCUCAAACUACAACUCCUUAUCUGACAAAGCUGGCUAGAGUUGACCAUGCAGAGGACUACAGGAUCCCUAGCCCCUAAUAGUGAUGUCCUCUAGUAUUCAGAUGAAUAGUAGGAUAUUUUAAGGGCUGAACAUUCAGCCCCCUUAGAGCAGAUGUCAGAAUCAUAUUUAAAUAUGGGUUUAAAAUAAGUGUUUGGCCUUUUGGAAGUAGUGCCUGCACCAAAGACCACAGUCUACCAGCGUAGAAAGAAACGCACAAUGUAAGCAUCUGAAAUUGAUUUUAUCAAGAAUUUGCAUUAAAAAAGACACCAUCUUA